CCAGGAGGCACCCACAGCUCCACCCGGGCAGCGACUGCUUCGUCUUCGAGACCAAGCGCAUCCCCGCCAUGCUGCCGGCCUUGGGCUACGUCUUCAUCGGUUCCCCGCCCUUCGGGCAGCUGCUGCUGGAGGCCAUGAAGACGACAAGUGGUUCGGAGCCGCUCGUGUGGAACCGGCACCUGACCUUCCACCUGGAUUUGCAGCGUAGGAAGUUCGAUUGGAAGGACAACUCCCACGAGAGCCAGGAGUUUGUGCUCUACAACAACAUCGCGGGCUUCGGCCUGUCGGAGAACGGGAUCGUUUUUUCCACGCGGAAGGCCACCCGAGAGCUGAUGGAAGAGGUCGCGACCAGCUUCACGUACCCCUCUUCAGUGCUGCUGGACAAGCUGGGCCAUUUCGUCGAUCUGGAGCAAUGUUUCCAGGAGAGUGGGACGAUUGUGGCCGUGGUCAUGGUCCUACUUGGCACCAGGUCGGGAGGCGAGUCCAGCACCGUCAUGGGUUUCGACCUUUGGAGACCCGACAGCGACGCGCCGACGGAGCUUUGGGCGAACCGGGGCCGGCGCCGCAUGUUCACCCUGCCCCCGAACUUGCAGGGGAAGGUCUUUGGCCCCAGCAUCGUUUUGGCGACCACCUCACUGCCAUUCGCCGCUGGAGACUGCUUCGGCUGGGUUUGGCUCCACGACUGGGCGGGGGUUCUGCUGGGCGCGACAGCUUCAAGCGGCCGGGUGCGGUACAACGCCACGGAGCGAAGCUUUGAACCCAAGGGCCCACAAGCCUUCACCACAGCCAUCAACCAGCGCUUCGCCAUCCGCGCGAUUGUGGAGUACGAUUCCGUGCUGAGAAGCCUGGGUGUCAGGUGAGUCCGGCGUCCCCCACCCGGCUUCCGGGUCAGUCACACUGACCCGGUGUGGGCGAGUCCUUCUUUACGUAAGAUGGGUGGCUCGUCUUCUUUUAGGGGUCCGCCCAAAGUGGUGGUUUUCCCUUUGGUUUCCCUUUCAACCCACAAAAAAUGGG